GAUGUUUGAAAGCUGCAUUUUUCGAGUAAUUUAAAAGCUUCUCUUUGACAUUGAACAACAACUCAGCAAAACUGAAAUCUGUUGAAAUCGAAAACUGAGCUGGGCUCAGAGAAAAAAGGAGGAUGGUGUACGUUUCUUCGGGAGGUCAAAUGGUUGACUCCCAGUCUCCAUGGAGACUAUCAAUUAUUCCAGAGAUUUUUUGGGGAAUAAUCAAUUUCAUUGUUUUGUUCUUUAGAACUUUAAUUUCUCCAUCAAUGACAAAGCAUGGGAAUUCUUACACAUCAGACUACAGAUCAGGGGGACAAGGACCCCCUCCACCCCCAAGGAGAAGAAUGGGAGGAUUUAGAGGAGGAGGGGGAGGUGCCCCCAGUCCCCCACCAAUGGGAGGAGGAUGAGGAAGGUAGACAUCCAGAGGUCAUGUGACACAAAAUCACAUCCUGAUUGGCUCUCUGGAUUUCAUAACUGCAAAGGCUUUAGUUUGUCAUGAAAAACACAACAAACAUUCUUAAUGUUAAAGAAAUGUUAAAGGGCAUAUACAUGUAUGCUAGAUUUUAAAUAGAGUGAUGAUAUAAAUAUGUAUGAUUGUCCAGCUUAGUCUGCUGGCCAUAGUUAAAUUGUCAUAAUAACUACGAGUCUUAGGUACACAUUAAAAAAGUCUCUUUAUCUUGAUUAUUAAAAAAUAAAAAAAGAUUGUCAAAUAUUGACAUAACAACAGAAUCUUUAUAUUCGUGUUAAGGGUUUAUUUAGCCAUAUCGAUACUUGUACAUAUAUAUCUGUAUAUGAAUAUUAAUUUGUGAUUGAAGCAGAUAUACAUGUAUUUUUUAUAUGUAUAAAAGUGUCAUUACAAACUAAAGCCAGCUCUGACUUUCAGGUUCAAAAGACAAUGUUAUUGUCUGCACAUGACAAGUAAUCCAUAAACUCAGAAUAAGAGUUGGAUAACUUUGAUUAAAAUCUGACCUAAAAGUCAGAGAAAAAAAUGUCUCAAUUUAUUUGUACAUAGUUGAUUAAUAAUUCAUAAUGCAUUAAAUGCCAAAAUCAUAAGGAAUAUAUUUAUGUAAAUUAUUCAUAUGACAUGAGUAUCUCUCAUGUUGUACUUGGUGGUAUAUUGUUAUGUUACAUUUUAUGUAAUACAAUUUUCAUGCAGUUCAUUUUAUCAAUUUUGAUAUGAAUAUGUGUUGACAUAUUUUUUCACUUGUUUGUUUAAUUCUGUUCAUUUUGUACACAUUUUUAUUUAAAGCUUUAUUUUGUUUAUAAUUUCAUUUUAACUUGAAUCCAGCUGUUAAUGCAAAAAUAGUGAUUGAAAAAGGAGGGUGUUAAUACAUUUAUUUCAUGUGCAAUUGCAUGUACAUACAUGUAUAUGAAGUAAGGUUAUAUUAUAUGUAUUUUGCACAUGUUUAUAAAAUUGUUUUAAUUUAUUGGGUUUGUCAUGUUUCUACAUCGACACAAUAAAUAAUGUGAAUCUUU